AAUAAAAAAAAAGCCUUUGGGGGACAAAAAAAGAAGUUUGUGAGGGGGGGAUAAAAAAUGUUUUCUUUUUAAAAUAGUAUGUUUCAUUCCUCAAUGCAGUAGAAACCUAACUGUGUCGUCUCCGAUUCUGAUUGGUCUGUUGUUUGACGUCAUUGGAGUGCGACGGCGCUGCCGCAGCAAUGGAAAGAUGCAGGAGGCUAAGAAAAGAGAAAAAGCAAAGAAACGGAGGCACAGUGACGGAGAGAUGAAGAGCAAAAAUACUGAAUCGGAGGAUCCGGCGGUUCCUCCGGAGCCCGGUGAUCUGGAGGAGGGAGGACUGGACCUGAACAAGAUCUUCAGACCCAUCAGCUCCUACAUACAGGACCGCAAGGAGAUGCUGGAGCAGUGUUUCCAUGUGCUGGGAGAAAACAAACUCAAACACAUGCUUCCGGAGGAACUGAAGGACUGUUCGUUCAGUGAGAUUAAGACACUGUGCUGGGAUCAGCUUCAGCAGCUCUCUGAGAUUCAUCUGCUGGAGAUUCUGGAGGGUAAAGAGUUAUCAGCUGAACCUGAAGAGAAAAACUUUCCUGACAGCCAGCAGGACAGUAACGUGGACUCCACGUCAUCUCUGAGAGAAAACCCUGAAACAGAAGAAAAGCAAACUUCAGGAGAAGACAGUGAUGUUCUCAGCAUCAACGCAGACGUCGACGACAGUGACAUCGAGGGUCAUAAAGCGGUCAAAGCUGAAGAAGCGGGGCUCGGAGAUGAAGCUGUGCCUCGGCCGGACGAGCCUAAAGCGGAGCUUCAGCACGACAUCGACAGAAGCGUGAAUGAAAUCCUGGCUCCGUCCGGCUCCGAACGCAGCGACCCGAGGGAAGCGUCUCUGGAGAAACCAGCCGCUCCAGAAACAGAGAAGCAGCCUUCGACUCAGCAGCUGGAGCUCCUGGAGCUGGAGAUGAGAGCCAGAGCCAUCAAAGCGCUCAUGAAAGCCAGCGAGAUCAAGAAACAGAGCCCCGCUGACCAAUGAACGACGUCCAGCUCAACACCACAGAAGCUCAUCAAGAACUUUUAUUAGUUUGCUUUUUUGUAAUAAGAUAAACUAUUUGUAAAGUAAUGCAGUUACACUCAUAUAUCACUGUUUCAUAGAAUCAAAUACACAAUAUUCAUCAGAAAAACAAAACAAUGUAUUUGUUAUUUUUUUGUGCAUUAUUUAAUGAUUUCUUUUAUACAAUAUUGGGAAAAUUAGGUCCUUUCUUUCGGGAACAUGAUUCACAACUCCUUGUUCGAGCUCCUGUUCUGUCCAGACUUCACUAUUACAAUGCUUUCUUAGCAGGUCUUCCGGCCAGUCCAUCAGUUCUUUUAUUUGUCAAAGUAUGUUAUUCCUAGCAAUACGUCUACUUAAGUGCAGUUUUAAGCAUCUUUACACCACUGUAGGUGCUUGCUUUCUCUGAUAACUCACACAUACACUGUACAUGAUAUUAGGGAAAAGGAACUUGAGUGGCGCCCAAAUCAAAGAGCAAAAUAAAACCAACCAAGUCCCAUAAGCUGCCCAAACCCC